AUGUCGAUAGCACUUGCUUCUGUUCCCACGAUCACACUCGCGGCUGAUGCCUACAUGCUGAUGUCGAUCUGGAAACCAAUCCUCUUGUUCGCCCCCUUUGUGGGUUGGGCGUGGAUGAUCUCAACGGUCCUCGACAAGCACGCUCAACGCUUCUUCCUUGGUCAAGAGAAAUGGAACGCGAUCCACAUCAUCUUUGGUGUCGCGGCACUGAUCCUCGUAGUCGCGCUGCCGGUAUCAGGCAUCGCUGGUUUCGCGGCGGCGUUCGUGGGAUCACUUAUCAUCCUCGGACUCGACAUCCUGAUCUUUGUCUCGAUCACCAACAAAGACACCAAGGUGCCUGAGGGUGAGCGUCUCACGCUGAACAUGAAGGACAUGAGCGAGAGUCGAGAAGCGAAGAAGGCGGCGAAGCAGAUCGGCUCAUCCGAACUCAACAUCGUCGGCGCCAACAAGAUGACUGUGCAACCUCCGCCGAAGGAUACUCCGGAACUCGGAAUCCGCGUCUCUGCUGAGCAGAUUGUGAUUAAGGGCUUUGAGGCCCACGCGAGUCAGAUCGACAUCCUCCCUGCAAACGAGAGCACCUACGCGGCUUCGUACUUGGUUGAUGGUGUUCGUCAAGCGGGUGAUCCGAUCGCGGCCGCGGACGCGAUUCAGAUCAUCGAUUUCUGGAAGAAAACCGCUGGUCUUGAUGUCAACGAUCGUCGCCGAAAACUGACAGGACAAGUCACGGUCUCCGGCGGAUCGAUCAGCAGCGCGGAACUCAAGCUCAAUACUUCGGGCUCCAAGAGCGGCAUGCGGAUGUCGCUGAUCUUCAAUCCCGCUCAAGCGGUCCGCCGGAAGGCAUCGGAUCUGGGGAUGCUCGAUCAACAACUCGACAUGGUCAAGAACUGGGCGUCCGAGCUCGAGCAUGUGGGCGGCACAGUGCUCCUGUGUGCCCCAUCGGACAACGGACGCACCACGAUGGCGUACUCGAUCAUGAAACUCCAUGACGCGUACACCUCCAAUAUCCAAUCGAUUGAGUAUGAGAUCGAGGAUCAGCUCGAAGGCAUCAAGCAGAUCCAAUGGGACUCGAGUGUUGAGGGACCGGACUUCGCGACAACUGUCCGAUCCACGCUGCGUCGUGAUCCGGACAUCGUGAGCAUUUGCGAUCUUCCGGAUGUCGAGACCGCACAGACUGUCGCGAACUCGGAUCUGGAACGCACGCGCGUGUAUCUCAACAUCCGCACAGAUUCGGCGCUCAAAGGAAUACAGACCUAUGUCCAAGCGGUCGGAGAUCCGAAGCUUGCCGCGAAGGGACUGCGUGGUGUGGUCGCGUGCAAGCUCGUUCGUGUUCUCUGUGGCAACUGUAAAGUCCCUUACCAACCGACCCCUGACAUGCUCAAGAAGCUUGGCCUCCCAGAGGACAAAGUCAGCGAGUUGUUCAAGAAGGGUGGACAGGUCUUGGUCCGCAACAAACCUGAGACUUGCAGCGUAUGUGCCGGCGUCGGAUACUCAGGACAGACAGGUUGCUUUGGAAUCUUCCCGAUUGGGGAUGAGGAGCGUGCGAUGAUCAUUGAAGGCAACUGGAAUGGAUUGCGUGCGGUGAUGCGGAAGCGUGGGUUCCCAAGUGUCCAGCAAGCGGCGUUGCGGAAAGCGGUCAUGGGUAUCACGAGUAUCGAAGAAGUCACACGGAUCACAGCACCAAAGAAAAGUAGCUCAAGCAAAGCAACGGCAAAGGCAUAA